AUGCCAGGGCUGAUUAACCGGACAACCCGCUCCCCGCUCCCCCUCACCGCAUCGGAGGUCACGUCAUGCGUCAGCGGCUAUGCCUUCGGGAUGACAGCCUUGCUCACCUACCGCAACCCAGAAGCCCAGGCUUUUGAAGGUCUCUUUGUCUACCCCUUGGAUGAGUGCACCACCGUUGUUGGGUUCGAGGCGGCUGUGUCCCGGCGUGCCGUGACGGUACAGAUCAAAGACAAAGCCAAGAUAGAUGACACGUAUUUGCCUGGCUGCAGCCUCCCCGAUGGAGGAGCGCGCGAUGGAAGCGGAAGGAUCAUGAUGGAUGAGGACUUGGAGAGGAUUGUUUUUGUGGCUAACCUGGGCUUGAUUCCUCCUCUGGAAAGCGUCUCCAUCUUCAUCAGCACAUCCUCUGAGCUGCAGACACUGCCCAGCGGGGCCGUGAGGGUCCUCCUGCCAGCUGUGUGUGUCCCCAGGGUCCCCCAGACGUGCACAGUGUUGACUGGGGUUCAUGUCACCGGCAGGGACAAGCACUACUGCGGAUCGGGGAGCCUGGAGCAAGGGAGCAGGUUCUGCCUGGCCCAGCUGCUGGAGAGGGAGGCCACCAACCCCUUCGAGUACGAGUUCAACUUCCACCUGGAGAUCCGAGGGCCGUGCUUGCUGGCAGGCGUUGAGAGCCCUACACACGAGAUCCGAGCAGACGCCGACCCCUCCGCUCGCUCUGCCAAGAGCAUCGUGAUCACGCUGGCCAAUAAACACACCUUCGACAGACCCGUGGAGAUCUUGAUCCAUCCAAGUGAGCCCCACAUGCCUCACAUCUUAAUGGAAGAAGGUGAUAUGACACCUGCAGAGUACGAACGACACCUGAAGGGGAAGAAUGAUUUCAUUAAAGGCACUAAGAAAGACCCCAGUGCCGAGAAAAAGACGGAAAUCAUCAGGAAGCGACUGAACAAGGACAUCCCCCACCACCCCAUCAUCAUGCUCAACUUCUGCCCUGACUUGAGGACUGUCCAGCCAGACCUCCGGAAAGCCCAAGGAGAGUUCAUCUUCCUUGUAGACCGCAGCAGAAGCAUGAGCGGCGUGAACAUCAACCGUGUCAAGGAUGCCCUGUUGGUUACUCUCAAGAGCCUGAUGCCAGCGUGUCUCUUCAAUGUCAUUGGGUUUGGAUCCACCUUCAAGGCCCUCUUUCCUGCCAGUCAGACGUACUGCGAGGAGAGCCUGGCCGUCGCCUGCGAGAGCAUCAGAAGGAUCCGGGCCGAUAUGGGUGGCACCAACAUCUUAUCGCCUUUGAAGUGGGUCAUUCGGCAGCCCAUCCACAGGGGCCAUCCCCGACUGCUCUUUCUGCUGACGGACGGGGCCAUCAACAACACGGGGAAGGUCCUGGAGCUGCUGCGGAACCACUCCUUCUCCACCAGGUGCUACAGCUUCGGCAUAGGGCCAAAUGCCUGCAGGAGGCUGGUUCGGGGGCUGGCUGCUGUGUCCAGGGGCAUCGCCGAGUUCCUGGCAGAGGGCGAGAGGCUGCAGCCCAAGAUGAUCAAGUCGCUGAAGAAGGCGAUGGCACCUGUCCUGAGUGACGUGUCUGUGGAGUGGGUCUUUCCCGAGAGCACCGAGGUCUUGGUUUCCCCCGUCAGCACCAGUUGCCUCUUCCCUGGUGACCGCCUGGUCGGCUACGGCGUCAUCUGCGACACCUCCCCGUACAUCUCCAACCCCAGAUCCGAUAAGAGGCGACGUUACAGCAUGAUGAGGUCCCAGGAGUCAGGCAGCUCCGUUUUCUUUCACUCCCAGGACGAGGGAGCAGGCGUGGAGAGCUGGAACCACUCCAGAGACUCGGAGGGCUGCUGCCCUGCCGAGCGUGCCCCGGAUCAGCUGGUGGUGGGCAGAGAUCCCGGGGGAGAAUCGGACACGGACACCGGAAUGGAUGUGAAGGUUUCCUCCAGGAGACGGGCGUACAGCACCACUCAAAUCGCCGACCACGAGCCUUGCAAGAAGGUGCCCACGGCCAGCGAUCCCGGCACUGCCCUGGUGAAAAACCCCCUUCGGAAAACCCACCUGCAGGACCUGCAGCAGGUCAGCCCCGAGCCCUGGCAGCCCUACGCAGCCAGCUCACUCGUCUCUGCCACGAGGAUCCGUGGCACAGGCGCCUGGCGGCCGUCCCUGCUCCACCGGAGUUGUAUGUCCUCCUGCCACGACCCCGACUCCCCGGCAGUGCCAGACGGGCUGCAGCAAGCGGCUCAAGGAAGGGGCUUUGGACCACUCGAUGCCAGCGUGAGCCUGCGGUCUUCAUCGGAUAGCCGGAGCCCCGGGGAUCUGGAGUCUGCCCAGCAUCCUUCCUUCACGUUUGAAACCGAGACCUCCUCCGACUGGGAGCCCCAGAACUUCGACUUCAGCACUGCCUGCAGCUCCCUGCACUCCCCCAGGACCCUCUGCAAGGCGGUGGUGAAGGGGCUGAGGAGCAACGAGCCCGUGCAGUGGGAAGUUGCCUUUGAUAUCCGCCCUCUCUUCCGAGAGCGGGAGAGCCGUGCGGAUGGCGACACAGACCUGUGGAGCGAGACCUUCCACCACCUGGCAGCCAAGUCGGUCAUCCGGGACUUCGAGCAUCUUGCCGAGAAGGAGUGUGAAAUCGAGCACGGAUCCGGGCGGCGGUACCAGGUCAACGCUGUCCACACCAGCAAGGCCUGCAACGUCAUCAGCAAGUACACGGCGUUCAUGCCAGUGGACCUGAGCACCAACACCUACUUGCCCACUGUCAUCGAGUACACCCACACGGAUGCAGAGGAGAGCAGCCUGUCGCCCUGCAGCACCCCUUCCUCCUCUGGCUGGGAGCGCUGCGGUCUCCCCGAAGGGCCGUUACAGAGCCUGUCUGCUUCCUCUGCACAAGCCCAAAAAUCCAUCGAGAGCCUCUUUGCUGCAAGGCUGACCUUCAAUAAAACCAGGCUGCUGACUCGAGCCGCCAAAGGGUUCAUGAGUAAAUCUCCAAGCAGAGUGAGCGAAGCCAGCUCUGAGGGUGACAAUGAGAACAUAGACUACCUUCCCCUGGCGUCUCUGCAGCUGGCCUGCGGUGCCUUUCUCAUGAACUCGGCCUUCUGCGACGCCGUCAGCAUCCCCAUGGAGAAGCUGAAGUGGACAUCUCCCUUCGCCUGCCACCGCCUGGCCCUCAGCCCCUCCAGCUCCUACAGCACCAAGAAGGCCAGUCCCUCGGGGGAGCAGAAAAGCCUCGGCUCUGGCCAGCAGCUCCUGGUUCCCAAUGGCACGCAUGGGAAGAGUCCCACCACCAGAGACGUUUCUCAGUGUGUGGUGCCGGAGGGACCCAUCAGCCACACAGAGGACACUGGCCGCCUUCGCCACUUCUCGGGCAGCGCGCAGCAGACGGAGCCGGAGGGGAUGCUGUGGGCCACAGCGGUGGCCCUGGCCUGGCUGGAGCACAGCUCGGCUUCCUACUUCAUCGAGUGGGAGCUGGUGGCCGCCAAGGCCAGCCUGUGGCUGAGUGACCAGGACUUCCCAGAGGGAUACAGCCUGGCCACCGUGAAAGCCGCAGCUCAGCAGCUCUUUGUCCUGCUCCGUCACUGGGAUGAGAACCUGGAGUUCAACCUGCUCUGCUACAACCCAAGCAGCGUGUAA